CCCGCCAUCAGAAGCAAGUCACUACUGACGCGCGCGGGCGUGGACCUCAGGACUUUUCCUUUGGAGAUAAAUCGCGCAUCUCCCCAUUCACCUUUCUAUUCACCGCUGUCUCCGGGCGGCUGAGUUCGGGAGCUCCGCCCCCGAUUUGCCGCCGGCGGCUGGAUUGGUUCCUUUCGCUUCCGAUCGGAGGAGCCGAGCCUGUCGAUGCAGUCGUCGUCCGGGGGGGCUGCUGCUGCUAAGCGGAAAACAUCUGUUGCUGAAGCUGCGCUAGGGACGACGGGCGCUGAGCCUCCGGGAUCAGCCGGAGAUAUGCCGGGGGACUCGUGGGCCAACAAGCGGGGCUCCUACGAGCGCCUCCGGCCCUUCAACCAAAAGGUAAUUGCAACGCCCAUAGAUGGGUUUUGCAUGGUGUUCGGGGGGAGCGCGCACGCGUAAAACUAGGUGAUUCCAGGCGGUGGGGCUGUUUCAGGAAAUCAUUGCCCUUUAGCUUCCAAAAGCACUCUCCAGGCUCCAACACACACGCACGCGGAAGGUUGGGCUGGGAAAUCCUAAGAGACCCCGAGAAUAAAAAAAAAAAAGGUGGAUGUGGUUUUUCUCCAGAAAGACAUCCUGUGUCCUCCAGCUAGUUAUUCUGAGUAUGCUUUGUGUUCAGAUAGGUGCUGGGAAGGACCCCUAGGGUGCUGUGGUUAAAAUGCUAAGAGGCUCAAGGGGACAGGUUAGGAUACAGGCUGCGUCUGGGCAAAGCAUAAAGGGGGGGGGGUCAAAGGCAGCCGAAGAAAAUGAGCUGCUCCUCUCUGCACUGGCUGGGCCUGGAGGCAGAAGCUUACACCUGUAUGAAUCAAGGUCUCAAGCAGCUUCCUAGCUUGAUCGGGUGAGCCCUUUGCAUUCUGAAAGUUUUGUUUUUCUGCUGACAGCUUGUAAGCAUAAAGACCCAGAAGAGUUUAUAAACAGAUAACUUCUUAUUUGUGAUCUCACAAGUACAGUGGUCCCUCAGGUUACAGAUGCUUCAGGUUACAGACUCCGCUAACUAAGAAAUAGUACCUUGAGUUAAGAACUUUGCUUCAGGAUGAGAACAGAAAUCGUGUGGCAGCAGCAGGAGGCCCCAUUAGCUAAAGUGGUCCCAUUAGCUAAAGAACAGUUUCAGCUUAAGAACGGACCUCCAGAAUGAAUUAAGUUCUUAACCCGAGGUACCACUGUACCUGGAAGUUGCACGCACCCUCAGAUAUGGAAGACCUCCUGUUCUCUCAUGUUUGCUAUCUGGGCGGUGAGAGUACUGGAUGGAAAGGAUAACAUACUCUGAAUGCCCUUAAAUGAGUUGUUAGUCACUUUGGCUCUUGACACAAAGGGCUGAAAUAGAAUUGAAGCAGAUUAGUUGUGAUCAGAUUCCCUAUCUGGAAAGGCACCUGAAAGGAGGUAGGGUUGGAACUGAAUUGCGGUUGAGGUGCUGCUUCUGCUGCUGGGGAUGCUUGAUUAAUCCUUUUGCCCCAUUCCAUUGUCCUGAUCAAAAUCGCACACAUCUGUACACACAUCCCAAACUGUUACUAACUCUGCUGAUUCAAGUAAUGGGGCUCUGAGAAGCUGAGAUUUAAGGAAAGAGUGUGCAAAGGAGGCAGGUUUCCAAAUAGAAGCAGAAGCAGAGAGUUUGGAAAAAAGGAAGAAUUGAGAACAUUUUUUGGCAAAAAAUAUGUAUGUCGUAGACAGACUGGAUUUCCCCUAAGCCCUAUAACUUUUGCCUGCCCUAAACCUCUUUACAGAACCAGCCAUUGUGAUUUUGGUUGGAACUACAAUACUUGAUUCAGUCAUAGUUCCUUCAGUCCCUAUUGUUUAAGUAUGUCUAUAUGUAUGUGUUUUGGCAUGCAUACGAAAAAUAAAAGAUCUAGAAAUGUAUCUUCCCUGGAGUGCCCCACAGUUUGAUGACAUUACAGAAAUAAUAAUAUGCAGAUUAGAAUGGUGUGUGUAAUUCUUAUUUCAUAUAAAUCUGAUAGCAAAGUUGUAGACUUCUUCUGAAUUUCACUUUUUUAUAUAUAGGCUAGACACAGAGAGAAGGCUUUAGCCUAGUUUUUUCUUGUUUGCUUUUUUACAGAAAUGCAGUCCUGAAGAAAGUGCUUCCUUUUUAAGCAAGAUAACAUAUUCCUGGUAUAGCAGGUACAAACGUUAUAUAUGUUGUUUUAAAUUUACCAUAGAGGUCCUUGUGCUUAACCAGAAACUGGAAAGAUAGGAAAGCUUUUAAAGCCUUGCCUUAUAAAUUAUUAAAGGUUCAUUUAUUUGUUUGAAGCCACACACACCUCAGAACAAAUACAUGCUUCCAUGUAGGUCUGGAGCUUUGGUAAUAAUAAACUGGAGAAACAUGUCCCACAUUGACUUAUCACCCUUUCACAGAGGCCUUAUGCCUCUGAAUACCUAAGUUGCAAGGAACAACAGGUGUGCAGAGUGCUGUUGUGCACAGGCUUCUUGCAUACUCACUUCCCAAAGUCAACAGAACUCAUACUAAGAUUUUUUUUAAAAAAAAAUUUUUAACUCCUCUUGGAGAAGUUGAAACAUCUAAUGUUGCUAGAUGAGUCAGUCAUCACUAAGUAUUAUGUUAAUUACCCGUGGUGGUUUUGCACUCUUUACAUCUUUUAAAUCUUUACAUCUUUUAAAUACUGGCGGCAAAUGAGAUAUUAAUAUAAGCUGCAACUCUCUGUGUAGCUGCGUGUGCUUGUGUCUCGUACAUGUAUAUGCAUGCAUAGGACUGCAGGCCAUUGUACAAGACUUGGGAUGGCCAUCAGCUGACCAGACAAUGAUUUAAUGAUCAGCAGGCUGUCACUCCUGUUUAAGAUACUUCUUUAUAUAGGCCACAGUGCUGCUUUCCCCCAGCUCUGCCUCUUUCAAACUUCCUGUUCUUCCUGAUACUGGCAAUUUUCUCUGUUGGGAGACGCAUAGUAAUGUUGUCUACAGUAUUGAACCUUUGACAUAUUCUUUAAGGAUGUUGCCUCUGAGGAAUUUUCCUCAGGCCGCACUUCUUGAUGUGUUCUGUUCUGGAGCCAUCUUGUCACCUGUCUCCCUGCUGUUGUCAGAAUGGUCAUUUUCUUGUCACUGGUUUACAGUGAAUGAGCAGCAUGCUGCUACAUGUAGCCUGAACUCUCCCAUUUUGCCUCUCCCUUGGCAUCUGCGGGAGAAACCAAUCGUGGAGCUGCAAUCUAGGCUGGCUCCUCGUGAUAAACCAACCAGGGAUCCUGGUUAGUUGCUCCCAAACAAGUCAGGAUUCAUCAGCCAACAACAAAUUAUGGUCUUAUUUCUUCUGCUUGUGCCAGGAAAGUAGCAAAGGGGGAGCAAUUGGGGCUGCGUAAAGCAGCACACUGUUGGUUCAUAGUAAACCAUGAUAAGACAGUAAGUUCUGUCUUGCGUGCUGUGCUUCCCUCACAUUUGAAUGCUCCUUUGGCUUUAUUUUCAUAAGCUAAAAUGUAAAAUGCAGUUGUAAUUACCCAUAGUGUAGAACCUCUGACUUUUUUUGGAUUGUGUGAGCAAGUUUGACCCCUGUUCCUAUUUUCCUGCAUACUUCUAAAGCAUGCCAUGGAGGUUUCAUAAGUGUUCACAGGACUCACAGGGGAGUGAGUAACCAACACUAUUUCCUUUUAUUAUUAUGGAAGCAAAUCACACGGAACAUUUCCCCUGUGGUCACUUUGUUGAUUUGACAGUGUUUUAUAGGAGAUGUUGCAUGGAACAGGGAACUAGAUUUUAACUAUAGAAAUAAGCACUUUCUCAAUUCUCUUUUCACUCCUUUAUGUUUUACUAUCUUGUUGGUUGUUACUUAUCUUUGAACUGUUUUGUGAUUAACUUGUCUUUUAACAGAUUUAUAACUUUAGGCUAUAAGAAACCACUGGAAAGGGAAGACUUGUCUGAGCUCAUUGAAAGUGUUUCAUCCUACAUUGUGUGUCCAGAGUUUGAAAAGCAUUGGAGAAAGGAAGUAUUUAAAAAAUCCAAGGACGUAAAGGUAAUUCUGAUGACAAUAAAAAAGAUGUCCCUGAAAGAAGCCAUGGGCUUCCAGAGGCAAGAUUUAUAACCUGACCUUGAAGAACAGGAAUGACUUUUCAUCUCAUAAAGAACUCCUGUGUGACACAUGCAUAAGCUGCUGUUGCUUCUCCUUUCACCUGUUUUCUCCACCCAGUCUGUCUCUGUAGAUUGCAAUACCUGUGUGAUGCUUGCUCAAAAUGUUUCCCUGGAAUGAACACCUGAUCUCCUCAAUAGAUACAUGAUUUAAUGCCUUAGAUGAGUAAUCCCUUAGGUGAAUCACACAAUUUAUACCCUCCAUGUACAGUGAGAACUGACCAUCUGAAGCAGAAUGAUGCCUUUUAGAGUUUAUCCAUGUUGCCUAGGCAACUACUGGAAAUCUGGUAACAACCAAUUUAAGCGUGUUGCUAGGAGUGAACAUUGAUGUUCCUUUGGAAGCUUGAUGCUCGCCACCACACAUACAAAUUGUGUCGCAGCAAACAUGUAUGUGGAGCCACUUUUAAAAUGUUACUGUACAUUUAUUUGUUUUAGAAGGGUUUUCUUUUGUUGUAGGCAAACAGCAUUUCCAUAUUUUCAGAUCUCAUAUCUGUUUAAUCCACAGGCUCCUGCUUACGAAGAUGUGACAAAAAAGCCAAUUUCCCAAAAGCCAUCUCUCCUUUCACCUCUAUGGCAAACAUUUAAAUUUUUAUUGAUCAAGGUGGCUAUUCUGAAAGUUGCAACUGAUUUUUUAGCUUUCCUGAGCCCACAGAUUAUGAAGUAAGUUUGCAAAUAUGCCUUAAUAUCAAGCUGGCAGAUCCAGGUGCCUUGGGCUUUUCCAGAUCUUCCUGUUGCUUGGUUGAAUUUUCUUGCAAAAAUCUCACAAAUGUAUCUGUAUGUUGAGAGAUAAAUUAAUACAAAUUAUAUGUAAUAUUAAUUAGCUGGAAACCAGCUAAUAGCUUGAAGGAGGACUACUCUUCCUAGUAAUUGGCCUGGAAAAUCUGGACCAUUGACAGUAAAAUCUGACCUCCUCCAGCUGUUUAAUUACAUACAUUUGUCAUACCGCUUUGUUUACUUUUAAAUAAUAUGCUUUUUAAAAUCUCAAGUAUUAUUUGGCUUGAAGGAGAUGGUUUACCAAUUGUGCUUCUUGCAUGUUGAUACAUUUUCAACUUGAAUGAAAUGCAGGCAGAAUUUGCAUAGUUCGUUGAAGUCAGAGAUAUGUAGUCUGCGUUUAAGACAUUGGAUUAACCUGAUGUUAUCACUUUGGGUACCGCUGCCAUCACAUGCAUAUGUCUGUCAGAUAAUGUUUGUGGGUUAAUUGUUAGCAGCUUAUGAUUAACUGUGGGCUGUAUCCAGUGGUUAGUUUGUGCUAGCAAUGAGGUUCUUCUGUUUAUGCAAGGUGGAGCACCUGGCUCUCACUUAUUUCCCUCGCCUACUGCAUCUUUCUCUAUCAUAUCUGAUAAUGUUCCAGAGCAUCCUUUGGUAAUCAAGAGCAGCUCAGUAGAUAGGGAGGGUUGGUGACAUCAGGUAUCUUUCCUUGUGAAAGCAGAAGUACAGGUAAGAGCCAUAUGCCCUACUACUACUAUAGUUGCAACCUGAUUUUUUAAAAAAUUGUCACUGAUUAUGGAACUUGGUUAAAUUUGCAUAUGGAUAACAAUAUUUCUGGCACAUAAAUAAUAAUUCAUUUUUUAGAUUACUACAUGUAGUGUAACUGCCAUCAGCUUAGGAAAAUCUGCUUCCUUCUGCAGUUAAAGGAGGAAUACCUUUUUUAGGAUGGUGGCUGCCAUUUUCAAUUUUUAAAAGGACAUGUAUUAAAAAAAAUAUGCUGCCCAGUUCAUUGUUGACACCUAUUUAUCAAUUAAAGGCUUUCAGUUAAUUAAACUUUGCAGUCCUCUUAUCACAGUUAACUCUGCUAUUAGUGCUGCUCAGUUUAGGAAUUAUCCUGCCCCUGUCAGUGACAUAUGGAGACUGGGCAACCUGUGCAAAUGCAUCAGAGUAGUUUCUGGAAUCUGCUGCCAGAUAGUUGCAGUGAGAGGCAUAUUUCUAUGCUUUCGACAUGAUGGUUCCCUCUGCCUCCAUAUGCAAAGGCCACACUCAUCCGCUGUAUAUGCUAAGCAUUCUUGGAGCACAUAGCAUUUCCUACACUUAGGAUGCAGCCUUUGAAGGGGUUCUGUGUUCAGGGUGGGAUGCUGCAGAUCAUAUGGAUUGUGUCCCAGGAGCUGAGAAGAUAUUGGCUGAGAGGAUGGUGGCCACCCUUCAGCCAGCUUACCCAUUGCCUUCAUCUGCUCCCAGUCAUGGGGAUGGCCUGGCACAGUGAAGCCCACCUAGGCAUGACAUCCAGCUGGUCAGGACCUGGGUGAAAAUUGGCAUCUUUGUUCAGUGUCCUCCACAUUCUAGGAACAAGAUAAACAUCACCCAGGUGUUCCUGGUUUUUCAACUAAGUGGAUCUAAUGAAAGUUGGAAGCUGAUUCACUGUGUUAUAUGAAUAGGAAUAGGAUCAUAAUUUGCUUUAAGAAUAAAAUAAAAUGAACUUUGCUGUUUUGCAUUGCAGGGAAAUGAUUCUGUUGUGUGAGCAUUCCUCUGCUCCACUCUGGAAUGGCUAUGGGUAUGCAGUGGCUCUUCUGCUUGUGGUUGUUAUGCAGACGCUAAUCCAACAGGCCUACCAGCGCCUUAACUUGCUUACUGUUGGGAAAAUUCGAACUGCCGUCACUGGCCUUGUAUACAAAAAGGUAAUCUCUGCUGUCUGUCCAUAUUGGGGGUGGGGGCAAUGAUGCCUGCAGAAGGGAACUCCCCACUGCCCCUUCCACAUUUCAUUCCUCCCAAUCCUUGGGAUGUGGGCAGGGGUUCGUAGUAGUAGGCCGUUAUCGGGAAAAUUGGACAGAGGCAGCCUGCACAAGUGAAUCCAGCUUGUUCAAGCUGCCUUCCCAAUUCCCCCUGCCUUUCAUUUGAGGUCUUCCGUUCAGGUUCCAGGGUCCUCAGGACAGACCUUUCCAAGGGGGCACUUAGAUCUGCCUUGGGGAACAGAAGGUGAGGAAUUUCUUUUGCUUAUGUCUCCUCCAUCAGUUCUUUCAGAACUGAGUGGCAGAUGCUCUGGUUAAAAACCCAAGUCCACACAUUUUCAAAAAGUGUUCAAUCUGGUAUUUUCAGCUUUUGGGAAUGGGUAGGAGACAAUGAGGACUGGAAGGUGAACAGGCUUUUUGAGCUGUUCCACUGAUUUAUAGAAAGUUCAGAUACUGACAUCAAGUAAAUUCUUGCAAAGUGGAUAACAUAAAUCAGAGAUGGGGAACCUUUGGUGCAUGGGGCAGUCUUGAUCUGCCAGGGCUUCCAGUUUGGCCUUCCAGGCUGUUAUUCUAAAACCAUGUCCACUUGUCAAUCAGGUGAUGUUAACCAGUGGGUGGGGGUUCAGUCCUGUUUGGUUCAGCUGCACACACUAGUUCCCCAGAUGAAGCUGAUCCCAGCAGAAAACAAAACUGAGCGCUGACCCAUCCAUUGAUGCAUGGGGAAUUCCAUCCUGCUUGGUUAGGGUGUGCUGGCCACUUCCCAAAGGGAAGCGGCUGAUAUACCCAUACCCUGUAGAAAGUAAGCUUGAACUUCCCACACAUUAGCUGAUGUGUGGGGAGUUCAGUUCUGCUUUGUCACUAUCUCCCUUCACUCCUAUGGGUCAGCUUUGACAAGUGGGUGGGACUAUGCAUAUGUCAAUCAUUUGUCAUCAUUAUGAUGUCAAGUGAUUGAGAAAUGGGUGGUCCCACCCACCUGUCAGAGCUGGCCCAUGGGAGUUGAGGGGAGAUAAAGAUCUGCCCCCUGGUCAAAAAGGUUUUGUCACCCCUGAACUGCUAGUGGAAACAAGAAAUUCUAGCAAAUAUUUCAAAGGUUCUAGUCUUGUUCCAAUGUGCAUAUGGAAUUUCCUUGUAUAUAAGUUUCCUCAUUCAUUUUAAUAGUGAAUGCAAAGUUCUGCUGGACUGGAUUGAUGGAGGCAUACUUAAGUUUUAAAAGCAUUCCCAUAAAUCCAUCCAGAUAAUUUAAAGUGGCCAUCUUUUAUGGUUUUGUAUCACAAUGGUAGGACUAUUACAAAAUGUGUUUCCAGAAUAUUCAUUAUACCAUCUGUCUUUCCUUGGCUGCAGGGUUUAAAUUUAUCUAGCUCUUCAAGAAAGAAGUAUACAACCGGGGAAACUGUCAACUUGAUGACAUCAGAUAUCCAGCAACUCACGGAACUGGCAGUCAACCUCAACCUCUUAUGGUCAGCCCCCUUUCAGAUCCUCCUGGCCAUUACCUUCCUUUGGCAAGAGCUGGGCCCCUCGGUGCUAGCAGGUGUUAGUGUGCUGCUUUUGGUGUUACCAGCCAAUGCUUUUUUUGCUGCCAAAGUCAAGCAGCUGCAGGUAAGGAAUUUCAGUUGGACGUACCGUAGAAAGUUGUUGCAUUAUAGGGAGAUGAUCAUUUUAAUUUGAAUGGGUUGCAUCCUGAGUUAGGUAAGUAAGUAGAAACACUGAGGCUUUCCCAGCCCUUGAUCCCAUUGUUGUCCCUUCAUGCCCACCCAAGAGCAGCAUUAACUUCAGGGCAUGAUGGCACUCGACAGUGAGCAGGAGGUCUCCCAAAUGCAACAGGUCUGGCACAUUACAUGUCAAAGCUAAGUGUGAAGCUACCUGAGGAAAGGUUGGGUUUCUAAGAGAGGUUGGGGUGUUUUAUGUGUAGCGUAAGACAGUAGUCAUCCUAGAAAUAAUUUAUCUGUCCAGUGACAGGUUUGAAGUGUGAAGUUGAAAAAGAUCUUAAAUAUCUCAGUAAGGAGUGUCUGUUUGAAACAAAGUGCAGUGUAGCAACUAAGCUAUCUUUGAGUGCAAACACAUAAUGUUCUAGUUGUGCUCCAAAGGUGCCUUAUCCUUACUUAGAUCCUCUGGGUUCCCCUUCAUCUAAUUAUAAUAACUUACUGCUGUUAAGCAUAAACCCUACCACAAACACUUAAUUGAAGACCUUUAUUAUGGGAAUAAAGGGAAAGAUUUAUCUCAUAAUACAUCUAGCGCAUUACCCAGCACCCAUCUUAAGUGAGGGUGUCUGUCACACAGGUCAAUGUCCCAAUUGCUAAAUGAGAUUUAUUGAAUCUUCUAUCUUUAUAAUGCUUAUUUUUAAAAAAUAAAAUAAACAAAGAAGUUCAGUCAUCUACCAGUGUAAGUAAAUACUACAGUUAUUCUGCCUGAAACAUUAUUGAUUUGCAUUCUCAUCGGCUGUAUUAGUUGUGGGAUAUUAAACAUAUAUGUGCUAUGCAGCAUAAAAAAGGAACCUUUAAUCCUAUAACCUUUCUUAAUAAACUUUAUUGUUUUUCAGAAAAGUCAAAUGAAGAGUAAGGAUCAGCAAAUUAAACUCCUAAGUGAAAUCUUGCAUGGAAUAAAGGUAAGACAGAUAAUGAAUCUGUAUACUUGUUUAGUCUGAUUAUGGAGGACAAUAUAUAUGUCUCAAUUCAUAACCACAUGUAGAUUAUUUUGAGCUAAUUUGAUAAUAGAUUAUGCACUUUGCCUUUUCUGAACAAUUAUUGUUAUUAUGAUUCAUUCCUUUUUUCACUAUCAAAAAUGUGAAAUUUUUCAGGAAGAUGACUGUCACAUCAUUCAUUCAGAGUCUGGACUGGGCAAGCUUCUCCCAUAUAGUGUGCUGCAUCACAGCCAGGAAAUUUCAAUGCCCUAAUUGAUAAAACUAAGCCUAAGUGCAUGCAACUGAAACAGCCACAUAUUACCUGUUUAGCCCUCUUUAGACCUGCCUCCCUUCCCCUUCCUUUCCUCUGCUUUUUCUCUUGUGUUACAUCUUAGAUUGCAAGUGCCUCAGGGCAGCAACUUGUCCUCUUGUAUGCCAUAAAGUGUCAUAGCACACUGAUGGCACUAGAGAAAAAACUAAUUGCAUCAAGCAGAGGUCCUUCCAUUCACCAUAUACAGUAGAAUGUCCCUGCCUGAAAAAGAAUGGACUACCUGAUCACUUUGUGUCUCUUAGGAAAGAGUCUCUGUUUGAGGUAAAUGUCAAACUGUGAUGGUGUUCUCCGAUAUAGAAUGGAAACGUUGCCUCUGCAUGGGUUUUAUGAGGAACUGCUACACAGCCUACUUUUCACAUCAAUAUGAGGGGUGUGUGUGCAUGUUUUGCACUUUAAAUGUACUAUAAUAACACACGUUUGAGCAUAAAUUUGUAUUUCACAAUAUUGCUAACAGGUGCCAGUGUUUCAAAAUGUACAUCUCUGUUUAGAUUCUCAAGCUAUACACAUGGGAGCCAUCAUAUCAGAAAAAGAUUGUGGACAUUCGGGAACGUGAAAUCGAUGUUUUGAAAUCCUCUGGUUACCUGACAACGUUCUCCAUGUUGACGUUGACUUGUAUCCCUUUCCUGGUGUGUUUUAAUGAAAUAGCACUCAUUUAUACAGUUGGGUAAUUAUAUAUCCUACAUCUUGCUGGGUGCAAGACAACCCUGCUGAUAAAGAACCAUUUUGCCACCAUUAAGAAUGUGUGGUACAUAUCCAAGUUUUAUCACAAGCUGGUGCAAAAACCACAAGUGUAUGAAGUAAUUUUUCUGCAUUUGUGCAACAAAUGGAGCAAUUUAUUUAAAAUAAAUUUCCUGAUUACAAAGUAGGGUUUUGUUUUCAUGCUCAGAUUUUAAUUUGAUGUAACAAGAAAGUAAGGAGUUUGAGUGGGGAAAUUCUGAAGAAAACAUGGUGGAAGCAAAAUAAAAUUUUAAGGAAAGUCUGGGAAAUUAUAUGAAUGGAAGAACAAUUUAGGACCCAACCCAAUGGGUCUAGUUUAAGCUUAGUUUGGAAUAUAAUGCUAGUUGUUAGGUAAGACUUAUAGUGCAUUUAUUCUGCUAUAACUUUGCAGUUCAUUUUGAAUGUAUAAGUUCCAUUUUAGCAUUGCAGCCUAAUGCUGUUUUGGCUUUAGCUAUAGGACAAAUCGAUACUAUCUGCAUAGCAAAUAGUCCAAAGUGUGCAUUACUUAUAUACUUGCUUUCUCUAUGAAUAUGAAAGUCUUCAACUUUCAGUUGGAAGUAAGGUAAACUAAGUGAAAUGGCACUUAAGAAAGCUUGGUUUUUGCUAGUGGUUUCUGCCAAGGAAACAUGUUGAAUUGAGUUGUUUCCUGUCAGUCAUGCUGUUUAUAAACAACAAACUAAAGCACUGUUCAGUUAGUACUACUGAAAAUUGAGCUCUUAACCUAUGGGGGGAACCCCAUUACUUCUUUCUCUUAAAGGUCUCUUUGACUACAUUUGGAGUCUAUUUUCUGUUGGAUGAAGAAAAUGUUUUAACCGCUGCUAAAGUGUUUACUUCUAUCUCUUUGUUUAAUAUUUUACGACUGCCUUUGUUCGAUUUGCCUACAGCGAUUUCUGGAAUAGCUCAGGUAAAUAUACUGUUUGAGCAUAUGUUAUAAAUGAUAUUUGUGGUACUUAAAUAACAUUUAAUAAUGUGCACAUUUUUCAUCUUUUAGUUAACAUUUAAAAUGUGUUGGUUCAUGCUGCUAGAUAAAAUUAUAAGGGACUUUGCUAAAGUGAUGUGCAUACUUUAAAACACAUACUAUUCCCUUUAUCUUGGGGGGGGGGAGGGAGUUUGAUGAAUCUCUUAGCACAUCCUGAAAGUUGGGGCCAGACCUGUUUGUUUUAACAAUUGCAUAUAGAGCAGGAAGGGAACAACCCUGGAUUUUAGAGAAAAUUUGAUGUAUGAGUGUGGAAAGCCAAACUCAUAUGGCAUCUACCACUUACUUCCCUGUUGCUAUUCUCCCUAUACAAGUGCAUCUGCCCUCUGUUCAGUUGCCAGAGGAAAUAAGCAUCAAGGGUGGGGCGGAGGUAUAGAUUGCCUAAAAACUGAAUCACAAGCGGAAGGGCCAAGAAUGCCCUUCCCCCUCUUGUUUCUCUUUUUGCUCUAAAUAUUGUACAAACAUACAGUGGUACCUCAGGUUAAGAACUUAAUUCGUUCCAGAGAUCUGUUCUUAACCUGAAGCACCACUUUAGCUAAUGGGGCCUCCUGCUGCUGCUGCCGUGCCGCCGGAGCACGAUUUCUGUUCUCAUCCUGAAGCAAAGUUCUUAACCCAAGGUACUAUUUCUGGGUUAGUGGAGUCUGUAACCUGAAGCGAAUGUAACCUGAAGCAUAUGUAACCCGAGGUACCACUGUACUUUUUAAAUAGUUGGGGGUAGGUUUGAAUUUUAAACAAAUGACUUCCACUAUUAGAAUAAUUUUGGCUUUAAGAUCUCAAUUUCCUGAAAACUAGCCAUUACCAGCCAACUAUCUUGUAAGGGCUUAAGCAUGAGAGUCCAGUGAUAACGAGUGUGACACCCUGACUCAUAGGGUUGCCAUAUGUACUCCUUUUCCAGGACAUGCCCUCUUUUUCAUGGGUAGAGUCGUCAUUGCAAUCCAUACUUAAAAAUAGAAUUUGGCAAAUGUGUCCUCCUUUUUGCUUGUCAAAAUAUGGCAACCCAAAUUAGGCUGGCCCCCUUCAGUAAUGAUUUUUAUCUGAGCAGUAAAGGCUUUCUAACGUUUUGACAUCUUUUGAUUCCUACCUGUUUCUGAAUUUGUUUUAUUGCGUUGUUUUAAUGCUCUUUUUAUCAUUUAACUGUUGUAAGUCACUUUGAGAGCCCAAAGGUGAUGUAUAAAGGAUGUUGCAAAUGAGGUACCUUCUGUGAUCAUGAUGCUUUACCUUUCAUUGCCAGCAGUGCUGCAAGCUACAUUCAGCAAUGAAUUACUAAAUCAAAAUCAGAGCGAAAACAGAUGAAUACUUAAUGCAGCCUUCCUUAGUCUGGUGUUCCCUAGGCGCUUUGGGCUAGAACUCCUCUCAGCCCCAUCUAGUCCACCCAGAAGGCACUAUAGGAUUGCUGUCUUAUUGUAAGGAAGUAGAGUGUACUCUGUUUACUAGACCCUAUAGAAAACUAGCACCCCACGUGGCUAAAGAAAAGCAUAUGGGACACUUUUGCAAAGAAACAGUGUGUUUUCAGCCUCAGGCUAACUGUAAGCAGUGCAGUGUUAUUUUGCUUUUGGAAAUAGCAAAAAAUCUCUGCAUGGGUUUGUAAUGUCCAUUUUGUAAAAUCUAAAUUGACUAAGCGUGCACCUGUUUUUGCAGACAAAGGUUUCUUUAGUUCGUUUAGAUGAUUUUCUGUCUUCUGAAGACCUCAACCCUCAAAACAUCCACACAGAUUACAGUGGGGGUAAGCUUUUCAUCUGUUUCCAGUAUAUGACUGAUGCUUGAGAACUUGGGCUGAAGAGUCUGUGUCUGUUAACUUGAGUUGUUUUGUUUCUGAACUUCAAGAUCAUGCAUUUAGAUUUGUUAACGCCUCUUUCCGCUGGGAGAAGAUUGGAGCUCCAACCUUAAAUAAGUAAGAAACAAACUAUAUUUACAGUCCAAUGCAAAAAUCUGUAAUCAUGUGCUAAGGUCAAUGUCCUGAAUUCUGGGGUUGAGUGAUCAAAUGAAAAGGAGAACUCAUACAUCCUAUAGUGAGGGGGAACUGAGGGGAAAAACCUUAUUGGGAAGGGAAAGAAUCUCUGAAAGGGCAAAUAGUUGGAAGAUCAGAUUUGCAGGCAACAUUAGUACAGGUAGCUCUGCAUUUUUCAUAUGCACUACAUCUGACAGCAGCUAUGAGAAUGGUCCUGGCAUCCUCUUCUGCCUAAAGCAAAUAAUCAUGUGUUGCACAAACAGGAUAUCCAGGAUAUAAGAGCUGUGCCUUAAUUUGGAGUCUGCUGGUUAUUAAACAAGGUGAAAGCUCAGUUCCUGUAUAAGGUCAUCUAAUUCAAACCCCAGUUGAUUCAGACAACUCACUAGUAAAGUAUCUCUCAUCUAACCUCUGUUUAUAUACCUCUACUGAAGAAGAAGAGUUCACCACCAUUUGAGGCAGUCUGCUCCACUAUCAAACAGCUCAUACUGUCAGGAGGUUCUUAAAUAUUUACUUGAAAUUCUUUUUCUUGUAAUUCAAACCUAUUCAUUUGAGUCCCAAGAAAUUUACUCCAUCAUCUAUGUGAUAGCCCUUUUAGUAAUUGAUAUACAGCCAUGAUCCCUCACCCUUAAGUUUUCCCACAUCACCAACAGUAGUUAUGUGUGUGUAUAUAUAAUAGGUGUGUGUCUGUUGUACAUCCACAACAAAACAAAGGAACUGCCACGAUCUGUACGGAUGGCAUGUUAAAACAUUAACUUGGGUCCACCGGUAAACAGUAAAACAUUUGCCAGGUUCACCAGAGACUUGCUGCUACAAAAUGAAUUUGGGCACUCUGUAGAUGUGCCAAAAGCAUUUGAAGAUGUGGUUACUCACUCUCCAUGGAUACCCCCCUGCCCCAUGUUUCACACAUGAGCUAAUAAAAGGGGCCAUAUGAAACAAACUUUAACUAGAUGAGGAUGGGAAUGGUAAAAUGUUGAUGGCUGAGAGUGUAAUCUGAGAGGAAUGGAUGGCGGCUUCUAGCUAUGAUGUGUGCAAAGCCUGUGGAAGGCCCUGGAGCAGAGACAACCCUUAUUGUGACAGCAUGCAGUGGUGACUGAAACACUAGGAAGCUCUGCAGGAAGCUUUGCAACCCAGGUGACCCAAAAGUACAAGGAGGGCAGGAUAUAGCUUGCUAUUGAGUGAGGAGUCUUAUUCUUCAGAACAACCAUUAAAUAAAUUCUACUUCUUUCCUUCAAUAUUUCUAGAUUGAACCUAGAGAUCCCAGAAGGUUCACUGGUUGCUGUUGUGGGUCAAGUAGGAGCUGGAAAAUCAUCUCUCCUUUCUGCAGUUCUGGGAGAAAUGGAAAAAACAGGAGGAACUGCUCAGAGAAAGGUAAAAUGAGACUGUUUUGCCUUCAGAUUAUUUUCAUUUUGAAAAUGUUUAUUGUUUGAAAGUGUAUUUUUUUCUGUGUAUUUGAGUCUUUGAAAAAUUGCAGUAUUUUUUUCAUAUUACCUUUUAACAGGGUUUUUUUUUUAAAAAAGGGAAAAAACUCCUGUGGCUCUUCUUGAACUCUCAAAAAUUCAUUGUUUCUCUACAUUGAAAAGGGUUUGAGCCAGUCCUACUGUAGGCUUAUUCUAGUAGUAUAGCCUGAAUAGAGCCAGAAUUAUAGUGUCUGCAGGAAGAUGAAUAUUCAUUCAUGGAGUUCAGCCCUUCUCAGAGCACUGCACACUUCAGUGUGUUUUCUUCUUUCUUUCAGGGUUCAGUUGCUUAUGUGUCCCAGCAAGCCUGGAUUCAGAAUACCACUUUACGGGAAAAUAUUCUUUUUGGCCUGGAACUGAACAAGCUCUACUAUGAAAAGGUUUUGGAAGCCUGUGCUUUGUUGCCAGACUUGGAGCAAUUACCAGCUGGGGAUGAAACAGAAAUUGGAGAAAGGGUAAGUGAAAAUGCCCAUGUGCGUGGAAAGUUUAUUCAGGGUAGGGAUUAAAUUUAAAAGUACUAAGAAAGACAGUUGGGUUUCAUUAGGGAUCUGUCUGAGCCGUUUUCAAAUUGUACUCUUUUGGUUGUGGUGAUAGUUCAUUGCUGAGAUGAACCUGCGCCCUUAAUAAAAUCGGAAAAGCAGACUAAGAGUGUUUGGGGUAAUAUUGUGUACUUAACAUAACACAGAAAAUAGACUUUGCACUGACUUAGUGACACUAUUACUCCAUGUGGAGUGACUGGCAUGUAGCAAGAUGUUCAAGUUCACAUUGACAUACAUGUCCCUGUGCAGUUCUUACAUGAAGAACUGUCACUUAACGUUUACAGAACUCUGUAAAAGGUCUUCCUGCAGGAGUUCUAUACAGGUGUACCUCUGGAUGCGAACGGGAUCCAUUCGGGAGCCCCGUUUGCAUCCUGAAGCGAACGCAACCCGCGUGCGCAGGUCGCGAUUCGCCGCUUCCGCACAUGCGUGUGACGUCAUUUUGAGCGUCUGCGCAUGUGCGAGUGGCAAAACCUGGAAGUAACGUGCUCCAUUACUUCUGGGUCGCCGCGGAGCUCAACCCGAAAAUGCUUAAACUAAAGCUAUUUCAACCUGAGGUAUGACUGUAUGUUUACAAUAACACAUCUAUUGACAGAAAUCCUUUGGGACUGCAGUGUGAAUAUUAUUCAGGGGAUCUGUGGCCUUCCAGAUAUUGUCGGACUACAACUCAUCUUCCCUGGCCAUUGGCCAUGCUGGCUGGGUUAAUAGAAGUUGUGGUUCAACAGCAUCUGGAGGGUCCCAUGUUCUCCACCCAAUAUUAAACACACCAGCAGGUAAAAGAGUGAAACUUGGCCAAAGCACAGGUCAUUUUCUAACCACUUUUUAUUUCUUGUUUUUAUACUCUACUGAUAAGAGUAUUUCUUUUUUAAUAUUAUCAAUAUUAAUGUGUAUUAUUAAGGAUUUUGGGACUGGGGUGGGAAGUACAUUAUUGGUUUUUUAAAAAAGUUUUAAAUAGUAUUGGCCUUAUUUUUUCCUAGGGAGUGAAUAUAAGUGGUGGCCAGAAACAGAGAGUCAGCCUAGCUAGAGCUGUCUACAGCAGUGCUGAUCUCUAUUUAUUAGAUGAUCCCUUAUCUGCAGUAGAUGUCCAUGUUGGGAAGCAUCUUUUUGAGAAGGUGAUUGGGCCCUCAGGCUUAUUGAAAAACAAGGUACGUAAUGAUGCUUCUUUUCAGUCUUUGGAAUUAAUACUUUUAACAUGUUUCUUCUAUUUAACAGUGUAAAAUAUAAACAUGGUUGUGUUUUCUUUCUCCCAAGACUCGUAUUUUAGUGACACACAACCUUGCAAUCCUCUCUCAGACCGAUAUAGUUGUCAUGAUGGAAGAUGGUAGAAUUACUGAAAUGGGAAGUUACAAAGACCUACUCUCUCGAAGAGCAAACUUUGCUGAGCUUAUUCAAACCUUUGGCGGAGGAAAGGAAGAUGAAGAGAGGCCCUCAGUGUCAAGUAGGCAACAAAACAGAUUUGUACAAGCCAACUUGCGUUCUUUUGUUUUGUGACAUUUGAACCCUGUGCUCAAAAUGAUAAAAGCCAAUGCAUGUGUAUUGUGCCUACCUCCUUUCAGACAUACCUGUUAUAACCCUGGUUUCCAUAGAUUUGGCUUAUUGCCUCCAUGACAUGUAGGACUUCCCUAGUUUUGAACAGUAGCGAUGACACCUUAUCUGCUAUAUAUGUGCAUGUAGGAAUCAAUUACUUUUUGUCUCUCCUCCUCCCAAGGAGCUCAGGCAGAAUAUAGUGUCUCCCUGUGGGUUGGCUAUAAACUUAUAAAGUAGGUUAAACUGAAUGGGAGUGCUUAGGCCAGGGACACCAGAUUCCUUCAUGGGUGAGUUGUGGGAAUUUGAACCCAGAUCUCUUCAUUCUAAGUCCAGUACUUUACCCAUGACACCAUACCCUGUCAUGAAACUCACCAUUUAGAUAUUAUAGCAAAUAGCAUGUAAAGUGCAAUGGGAUGGUACUCAAGUGUGAUCUUGCUGCCCCAUCAUGCACUGAAUGUUCAGUGCAUUUCUGCUGUGUGUGUGUGUGUUUAAUAAUUCCAUCUUCUGCCACUUUGGGCUUCUUGAACCUAUAAGAUUUCAAGAUCUGCUAAAAUCUGAUGCAUGGAAAAACAAAAUAAUCCAGUUUAUUUUAGCCAGAACUUCUUUCUGACUAGCCUAGAUCAUUCAUAACUGGCUGUAUUUGUCUAUGGGAUUCACUCUCUAGAAAUAACAGUCCAAUUAUUCUUUGUGAGUCCCUCCCAUGCGGUGAAGGAGAGGUGGGCCCCAACCCUGAUCUUGUCAGAGGUUGUUGGUUCUGAUGGGCCUUUUGAUGGAAAAGGAAAGAAAAAAGUGAACAGAUAACCACUUGUAUAAACAAGUCAUUUGUAACAGUCAAAUUAAUCCUUUUGCUUAAAUUCAGCUAGCUUUAGAUGCUGGAAUAUCAUAUUAUAAUAUUUCAGUACUUCUUUUGUGCCCAGUAGAAUGGAUGGCUGCAUUCAUUUUGUUGGGGCAGCGGGAGGGUGGGGAUCACUGACCGACUAAUGAAUGAACAUAGAAAUUAAGUUCACAUCAUCUGUAUAUGUUUUGUAUCAGCAGUUAAAUGAUCUGUUUCUAUUCUGAUGAAUGUUCAUUUGACUACACUUUAUUGUGUUGAAUCCAAAAACGUGUUUGCACAAAAACACAAGUUCUCUUUUUAUGACUUCGCACAAGCUCCUUGCCUGAGCAGAGAGGAGAAUUCAGAGAUGUUCUGCUGUUUGUACAAGUCAUUGCAUAAGCUGUUGUUUGAUGUUGCACAAAGUGCCUUCUGCUAGAUCUUGCACAACAGCUCAUGGUGCUGUUCAGCUCACAGCACCAUUGCCAGAAUUUCUGGUGUCUCUGGAUUCAACCCAAUAUAUCGCAGGUAUUUCAGUAGGUAAUUAUUAUUAUUUAUUAUAAAUCCUGUUUAACCUUAUUCUUAAGGUAAAAUCAAAACAAGAGACCACAUUGUACCAAAGAAAAGACAGCUGGGGGAAAAAGACAGGUGAGUACUCAGAAAUAGCUGCUAGAGCCACUUUCCAUGAGGUAAUUUUAAACUGUUGUUUGUUUUAAAGUAGAGUUGUAAUUUUUUAUUUAUUUGUUUUAUCUUUCGUAAGCUGCUUUGAAGUUGUUGUUUUUACAGUGCAAGUGGUGUAUGAAUUUUAUAAAAUAAAGUAUACAUGAUAGCUCAAAACAGAGAAAAGUAGAGCUGCAAAUGCAUUCAGAGGGGGACCAGCAGUUCUCUUACUAUAUACAUUGGCUGUCAUUUGGAUCUUGUGGAUCCAGUGGUGGCUGGUGCCCCCAAAGCUGAAGGCAUACACAAAGAAACUCUAGCCUUACUCAAACCAAGAUAAUAGGAUAUGCGGUAGUUACGAAAUUGGAGGGUUCUUGCAGAGUAGGUAGCCGGCUUUACAGAUGGACAGAAUCAUCUUGAAGCAGAGACCAGGAUAGUGUAGCUGUAACUAACCAUCCGCCCUGCAAAUACCCAGAUGUCUUUCUCCUUUUCUGCAGCCCCAGUCUGGGAGAUGGGGAGUUCUAAAAUGGAUUUUUCAGUUCAGUACUAUAUGAAAACCACUCUUAAUAGCUUUCACUCCUAGAGUGGAGGCAUCCAAAGAGUUCAGUGCCAUGAGUGAGUGUUUGCUAAAUUUCUGUCUUGCCCUUCCUUCCAAAGGCAGCAAACAACAAAGUAGUAAAAACAAUGCAAUAGUGCAUCCUCCACCCCCUUGAAUCAUUUGCUUUUCAUUUAGAUUUGUGGUGCAGCCCUCUUGUGGGCAUAUUAUAGAACCACAGGGCAAGAUCCUAAUGCCCAUGAGUGGAAUUGGGCUCUUUGCCUAUUUCCCACUGGAGCACACUAUGCCAAUGGAAAACCUUUUCUCAUGAGACCCCCCCACCCACAAUGGUGUGGAAUGUGAUAUGGGGAGCAGGAACAGGAAGGAGGAAUUGGUGAAGGAAAUGCAAGUGGCAAUCUCCUUUGUUUGUGCUCCAAUUCCUUAUUGCGCACUUACACAGAAUUGUGGGUUUGUCUUCUUCAACCCGCCCUUGAUGUAAGUGGCCUGAGGCUGGGGCACACCUGUACUCCUGUCCAUCAGAGAAGGUACAGUUUCUGCCUAUUCUGUAGAGGACCUGAAGGUUUUAAUACUCACAACUUGUUUUUAGAUGGGUUCUAUGUUUUGUUUUUUAUUUUAAUAUAAAACAACUUUUGUUGCAAUUCUUCUUUUGAUCAAAGGAAUGCAUUCUUAAUGAAGAAAGAAAAAGUUGCCACUGGUUCUGUAAGUAUUUUUUUUAAUGUUAUUUACAUGUUUCUAAAAUGCAACAAGCAGUUAAAAUAAAUUGUAGAUGCAAAUGUGAAAUCAGUUGCUUGAAGGGGAGAAUGUAUUUUUGAAGACUCAUUAUGCGAAAUUGAGUUUUAUAAUUUUAUAUUGGGUUUGAAGAAGUAUAAAUCACUUAUUCUACCUACUUAAUUUACCAAGACUAUCCUGUCUGCAUAUUGUAAUAACUCUCAUGAACAUCUUUUAUAUUUAGAUGAGAAUGUCAAUUGUUUUGAAGUACCUACAAGCGUUUGGCUGGUCAUGGGUAUGGCUAACCGUAGCAGCUUACAUAGGCCAAAAUGUUGUAGCCAUAGGGCAAAAUCUGUGGCUCAGCACAUGGACAACAGAAGCAAAAGAAAUCAAAGACUACACAGAAUGGAAACACUUAAGAAACUACAAACUUAGUAUCUAUGGGCUCUUGGGAUUCCUACAGGGUAAGCCUGCGCAUAUGAGGCAUCUGACUAUUUUCUUUGCUUUUCCAAGUUUAGCUUCCUUGGCAUUCCUACACUAAGAUUCAUGUAAACCGUGGUUAAUUCUUGCGGUCAUUCUGCAAGGUUGGCCCCUUCUUUCUGCUUACCUGCAGAUGGCAAAGGAGGCAUUUAAUUGUUCAUCAAUAUUACAAACACUGCUUUAGUGUGAUGCCACUUAACACACGCUAGGGAGAUCUGUGGAGGUGGUAUGCCAAAGGCAUGCUUUGUAGGAAACAAACAGUUCAGGGAACCUCUUUGCUGCAUGCAUAAUACAAUCUGAACAAGGGCAGGGAACUGCUUACUGUGAUUUUGCAUGCUCUGGUACCUCAGGCUUCCGUGCAGCGUUGAGUCGCUGCUUGGGGUUUCCUGGAAGUUUGAAGGGCCCACUGAGUUAAACUCUUUACUUCAUCAUCUCUCUCCAUACUUUGGAGACCAGCAGAGAGGAUGGAUUAAGGUUCACACAAAGCUAUCUUGAAUGGAGAAGCUGCUGUGGUGAACUCUUUGAAACUAAGUUAGAUGAAAUUCUUAAUGUUGCCUUUAAUACUGUUCAUCCAAGGUCUUUUGGUUUGCUGUGGUGCGUAUGUGCUCACUAGAGGAUCUCUCUCUGCAUCUCGGUCUUUGCAUCAUCAGUUGCUAGACAGUGUGCUCCACCUUCCACUCCAGUAUUUUGAAACUAACCCCGUAGGUCAAAUCAUCAACAGGUUCACAAAGGUAAGGAGCAAAUACUCUCUGUCUGUUUUGUGUUUCACCUUUGGGAGGGUGGUCAGAACCUGCCUCUCAUCCUUGGGUCAUGGGAAAGUUACUCACCCUUUCCUGCCGCCCCCCCGGUGUGAAUGCAUCUCAUACUGUCAUCACUGCAAGAAGCCACUGGUCCAUUUUCCUUUCCAUGUUGACAGUGAUGACAAUUUCCAGUUGGAAGGAUGCAUAUACAGGGCUAGAUCACAUGAGUUUUUUCAUCUAGAAAUGUCAGUCCUUACUCAGAAGAAGGGCAUUCUGGAAAGUUUUUUAUAUCCCAUUUCUUUAGUAAACAUAUGUCCCACCCUUUUAAUCAGUUUGCAUUGCUCAGGCCAGCUUACAACAAUUUAAAUAAAACAAUCAGUUAAAAUCAGUAUCUGUUUGAAAGAUUCUCGUAGCAGCCUAUCAUUACCUCUGUCAUUACCUUUCUGUAUCUCUUUUUCUUUAAAUGAAACAGUAAAAUGCCUUCAUGUGCAAGAGAAUUCUUGCCAAGGUUCAGGCAAUGCAACAAAAUCAACACCUCUCACUCUGUGGUACCCCCGUCAACUUAUUCCAGCUUUUACAGCUAUUUCCUAUUUCUUAUUUCUUAUGAGACCUACCCGGGCAAGUAUCAACUGCAGUGUGACCUUGAAUAUAUUUUAUUAUAAAAAAUUAAGAACAUAGCAACAAAAGCACAACUAUGUAUAGCAGUGUAGCACUAAAAUAAUUUGCGCAUUUAUUUGGAAGUUAGAAAGAGUCUGAUUAGGUGUAUUUAAUCAGAUUGAAAAGAGAUCUAGGCUGCAUUCACAUGGCUGGUCUGUUUUGCUGACAUUUCACUGUUAUUUUCCGCAUUAUAUUUCAGUUUCAUGUAAAAGCUGCUUCUGGAAAUCUAGCAGGAUCUAGUGGCAGUUUUGUGCUCAUUUCCAUGUUAAUUGCUUCUAGGAAAAUUGUGUGAAUAAAGCCUAUUCCUGGAAGGCAUGUGAGGGAUGAGUGCACUGUCAUGGUUUACUUAAAUGUUGGGCUUUGUGUUGGAAACUGGCCCCCUCGGGAAAGGCUGGCUCCUCUUCCCAGUCACUUGGGGCCUGUUGCCGGUGACCUACCCUGGCUGGCAUCCGGACAGACCAGGAAGGUCUUUGAUAAGCAACACCUCCCUCCUGAAACGUGCACACUCCUCUCCCCAUUGCAUAGCAGCAGGAGAAAGAAAACAGUCUGAAAAGUAGUCUAUUUGAUCCUACUUUUAUUCCCGAACUGUACACUGUACAAAAGCAUGACUUCUCUCUCAGAAUCCUCCGAACAACUGACUCACUCCUCCUGGACACAAACAACAGGAAGGUUUCAUGUUACACUGAGAACACAACCCUAAGAACAGGUUGGAACUUCCUGUCCCACGCUUAGACCCAUCAUGUGAUGUAAACAUUGAGCUUAUUCGCAGCUGCGUAGUACUCAUAUCAUAACACUUUGACCCUGUAGACUUCACUACCGCUUCUGUUUCUUAAAGGUAUACAGCCUAGGGGCAACACCUACAAAUGCAGUUCUAUGAACAUGGUAGUAGAGAAACAAUCAAGUGUUUUCAAAUAUAUAAGAAGGAUUUUUUUUAAAAAAAAUGUCUGUUCUUUCCCCCCUCUUUCCAAUUAUCCUAGGAUAUGUUUAUAGUUGAUAUACGUUUCCAUUAUUAUCUACGGACUUGGUUGAACUGUACACUAGAUGUGGUUGGAACGAUCCUUGUGAUUGUGUAUACAUCACCCCUGUUCAUACUGGGGGUUAUUCCGCUUGGAUACUUAUAUUUCACUGUGCAAGUAAGUUGAAUAAGUGCCAGGCUGAGCAUUCAGAAAAAUAAUAAUAAAACAUAUCCUUGUUUUACUCCCAUUUAUUUUAUUUUAAUUAUAUUAUCUAACUGAAAGGGAAGAGGAAGGCAUUCCUCUUGAGCAGUUGACUUGCAUUGCACAAUUCAGGGGAAAGUUGCUGUUCUGCUAUCCAAGGCCUAUAUUUAUUCUAAGAUGUAGGGUACGUAGGAGGUUUUCUGGUCUAAGGCAAUUCAUAUAUUUAAGAGUUUUGUAUGCUGCCCUUUGCCAGUAGGCCACAGAGAGGCUUACAACAAUACCAUAUAAAACAAUACAAUUGAAUCAAAUCAAAACAAUGCCCUGGUGCCCUAUACACACUUCUUACCUGUCCCUCCCUUUGUCUGUUUUCAUUAGCGAUACUAUAUUGCUAGUUCCAGACAAAUCCGACGGUUAUCUGGAGCUACGCAAACACCAAUAAUUUCACACUUCAGUGAAACGCUUGUAGGUGUAUCCACAAUCAGAGCAUUCGGACAUCAGGAAAGAUUUCUUAAUCAGAACAAAGAUGUUGUCAAUGAGAACAUGGUUUGCUUCUACAACAACGUGAUCUCAAACAGGUACUGUAUUAAUGAUCCUAGGAUAUCAUGGGAAAGGAUUUAUACACAGAUUAGGAACAUAGGAAGAUUCCUUAUACGGAGUCCAUCUGAUUCAUUUAAAGCAACUCUCAACUUAUGUGGGGGUUAUGUUCUGGGGAUAGCGUGUAAAUCUAAAAUUGAGUAUAUUCAAAACACAUUGGGUUCAAUGGCGGGUGGGAUUGCCAAAGUUCUUUUUCCAGAAGUAGCUUUUUCCCUGGACGCCCGCCCCACUUCUGCCCCCUUUUACUUUCCAAGUGCACAAAGCUGAAUGCACACAAGUUAAAUGUCUGUAAGUUGUAAGUUACCUGCACUGGCUGCACUGACAGGCAGCGGUGCUCAAGGAUUUCAGGUGGGCCGGGGUCAGGGAUUGAAGCUGGGACCUUGAGCCCAUGCUAGGCAGGUGCACUACCACUGAGCCACAACCCUUCCCCAAAGCACCAAGCUAUAUUCUUAUUUUAAUUGACAGGACUGAAAAUGCAGAUAUUUCUAACCAAUUUGAUAACUGUGUAAUUGAAUCCUAAUUAAUCUGGGCAUGCAUUUAUGACAGGUGGCUGGCUGUCAGACUUGAAUUUCUGGGAAACUUGAUGGUCUUCCUUGCUGCAUUGCUUGCAGUGUUUGCUGGGAGCAAGGUGGACUCUGCUACAGUAGGAUUAUCAAUAACAUAUGCACUGAAUGUAAGUAAGUAAGCAUUUUUUUUUAAUGCAGUUACAGUACUUGGAAAAUGGAUUGCAAAUUUGGUAGGAGUGGAAUCAUUGAUGUUACAGUAAGCCAAACUCUGCGGUAAUCCAGCAGUUCUAAGAAGUCUCAAAGUGCUGCCAACACAUUGGGUUGGCUCCAGAUAAGGGCAAGUGGCUGUCCAAUUUGCAUAUUAGGUCUCCUAGCUCAUUCAGUUUAUAUUCCCCUUUCCCAUCUCAAGAGACCCUCUGGAACGGCAUGGAGGGGGACAGGAAAAUUAAGAAGUGUCUUUCUGCUCACACAAGAUGCCUUUGGAUCUAAGCCAUUCAGUAUGCCUAGCAGCAUAACAUUGGUUUUAAGUAUUUCUUAAAACAGGGUAAAACUACCAUUUCCUUUAUAUUUAGUCUAUGCAGUGACUGUCUAGAACCACACCGAUUUUAACAGGUUAAACCCACUGCAACAAGUUCUGUAUUCAUUUAUUACAGAUAACUCAAAGUUUGAAUUUUUGGGUCCGAAAAGCAUGUGAAAUUGAAACCAAUGCAAUCGCCAUUGAAAGGGUUUGUGAGUAUGAAAAGACAGACAAAGAGGUAAAACAGUUUUUGUGAAAUGACGAUAAGCAUACAACUUGAAAUUAAGUAAUGAAGAAUUUUUUGAAAAAAUAAUUGGCAGAGAACUGGAAGGCUGAAACCUUUCCCAAGUUUAGGUUGUGAUUGCUGCUGAAGCAGCCUUUAAAAGGGUGGGAUAAACUGCUGCAAAGAGCACCUGCUUUCAGUUAGUCCCUGCUCUCCUGUGUAAGCAAAGAGGAGCAGGAACUGAGCAGGGAACCCUGUGCUUUUUACCUCAUUGCUGCUCAAUGGAGCAGUCUCUGUGAGAGCCAGUUACAUCAACUCUGGCAGGGACUGCUUUGCCACACAGCGAUGAAGGGGACAAAAAUUGGGGAAAACCAAAGGCAAGGAGACCCUUUAUUCUGGAAUAUGAUGGUCCUUUUCAAAGGUUGAAAGGAUCAGCAUACAGUGGGGUUUCCAAGAAGUUCCCAUGUAUCUGAUGGUAUCAGUUAUGUCAGCUGAUGGGCAGGUAGCCAUGGGCCAGAGAUUCUCCAAACUUUUGCAGCACAAGGAUUUGUGCUUGUGCAACAGAAUUUUCUCCCCUCUCCUUUCCCCUUGCCCACACCAAAUUUGCUUGUGGGUGGUGUGGGGUGGUGGGAACACAGAACAGAUUUAGGGGGUGCACAGGGGAGGAGAUGGGGCAAAGUUCCAUUGUGCAAGCACAAAUCCUUGUGCUCAUGGAAAAAGUAGCUUAGUGCUUCCUUGGAUAGAAGCCUGGACAGGCAGCUUCAGCUUGCAGUGGUCAGGGGCUAAUUUUAUAUAUUGUGAAAUACUUUCAAGUACAUGUUUUGAUGCUCACUAAUUUGUGGCUUGUUUUAUCGGUUUCAAAGUUUGUUUAUCCCUUUUAGGCCCCCUGGAUAUUAUCCAAUCGUCCACCUGUGGGAUGGCCCAAGGAAGGAAUAAUACAGUUUGUAAAUUUCCAAGCUCGGUACAGGCCAGAUCUGGACUUGGCUCUGCAGGAUGUAACUUUUCAAAGCUGCAAAGAAGAGAAGGUAACGUGCCAAAAUUAAGUACUCUGUCAUACCUGUUUCCCUUUUAAAAAUAUAAUAUCUACUUAAAUAUAUGUUUUCAAAGUCUGUUGUGUAAUUUGUGGCUGCUGUUCUUGAAACUGAGUGCCCCUGGUUUAAGUGAUUUCCUGUGGACAAAAAGGAGUUGGAUGGGGCCCAUCAAGCUUCUCCAUCUUAAAAUGCUGCCCGUCUAACAUCAAUAGAGGGCUGUAACAUGUCUGUAUUCAAUUGUGCUAUCAGGCUGUCCCUUCAGUUUGGAAAUGUAGCAUUUUUCAGGCAUCACAGCUCCAAGUGCACACCAGAACAAGCAUAGGGCCUUGGUUUGGAGCAAACUUGCUUCUAGACUGGAUUGUCAGCCAGUGCCCUUGACCAGUUGAAAACAUGCUCAGUUCUUUAUUACUUUAUUUUGAAAGAUGUAUAAACUGCUCGCAUAAUAAAAUAUCAGAGUGGUAUGCAGAAAGCAAACAAAAAAUAAGCAUAAAAUGUGUACCAAAACCAAUGACAAUUAAAGUAGCAAUAGCAGCAGAAGGUAAUCAGCGGACAAUCAAUUUUAAAAAAUCAUUCAGAAAAGGUUUGUGUAAAAAAGAAGGCAUUUAGGUUUUUGUUAGUGAUCUCAGGACACAAUCUAUAUUUGUGUGGGUGGGUGCACUGUUGAGCUUUGUGGCUAUUCCUGCAUGGCACAAGCACUGUGGCUGAUGUGUGAACCAGAAAAAGCAAUCAGUUAUCUGCUAAUGUUGGCCACUAACCUUUGCUAGUAGAGAUUUCUUGUUGAAGGCUUUUAUUUUUCAAGACUUUUUUGCUUUUUUUAUAUGGAACUAUACUGUUUUCUUUGCAUGUGUUAAGUAACAUAGUGAAACUGCUGCCGUUUUAAAAUGCACAUAUAUUUUGAAAAGUAUUCUUGUUACAGAUUGGAAUAAUAGGAAGAACAGGAGCUGGCAAAUCGACUCUCACAAAUAGUUUGUUUAGGAUAAUAGAAAGAGCUGGAGGCAAAAUAAUCAUUGAUGGCAUUGACAUAUCAACUAUUGGUUUGCAUGACCUACGUGGCAACCUGAACAUUAUUCCACAGGUUAGCAUUGUGUGCGUGUGUUCGUAUGUGUCUGUCUAAUAUCCACACAAUUCUUUUAUAAGCUUUAGUCUUUUGAAUUCUGUCAUUAUUCUUUUGACAAUAAUUUUAAUGAACUUGUCAAAAAAUAUUGUAAUCCAUUAGGUCCACUUGUUGAUUUUGCAUUGCAUUUAACCGCCUGCUGUCUUGGAAGAAACCAGUCCUUUACUGACUAUUGUAGGAGAGGGGAAAAUAGGGGAUAACAUAUGAAACAUGUAUCAGGAAUGCCUGCCCAGGGAUUCAAGAAUUUAUGCCUAGUUAGUGGCAUAUUUCAGAGUUCUUUCCACCCUUUUCCCACUUCCUAUUGCAUGGGCUUCUCAUUGCCCACUGAUCUCCUGCCUUUUUUCCAACUGCCCUUCUGAUGAAAGCUUUCUCUAAGAUAACUGGCAUGACAACAGCCUUUGGCUUUGGCCAAGUUUAUUGUGCUCUGGUAGGUAGUGUGCUGUCCAUUUGCCACAAGGGAAUAACAGCCCAUGGUCUGUCCCUCCUGGUCUUCAGAUUCAGCUAUCUUUACAAAUAAAUUUGCCAUUUAUUCUGUUUGCACUCAAGGAGGUUGAUGCCAAUCUAUUGCUUCUUUACAAAUAUAUCUAAAACCAGUCAGGAUUUAAUAGCUUAAUGAUGGGGAGGGGAGGCGGAGGAACAGCAGCCCUUCCUGACCCCAUCCCAAAGUAAUAUCAAUCUGAAACCUAAACUCGCUAAUAUUAUACUACAUGGAAAUACUGUCUAGACAUUAUUCCAUAGGACCCGGUCUUAUUCUCAGGGACACUGCGGUCAAACUUGGAUCCACUUGGAAGAUACUCUGAUCUUGAACUGUGGGAUGCACUGGAAUUGUGUGACUUGAAGAACUUUGUACAGUCACUCCCAAAGAAACUUCUCCAUGAGAUCUCCGAGGGUGGUGAAAACCUGAGGUAUGUCUUAAACUAUGUUAAGAGGUGAGCUACGUAACCUGAAGAAUAAUGAUCUCCACUAGCAGAGGAGUACUAGUAUUCCAAAGUGGUGUUCUACUGAUGAAGCUACCCACAGAUAGUGUUACUUGGCAGGCCCAAAGUAAGGGACAAAGGGUGAAGAAACAUUACCAUUCUCUACUUGGAUGUCUGUGUGGUGUAGUGGUUAAGAGCGGUAGUCUCAUAAUCUGGGGAACCGGGUUCGCGUCUCCGCUCCUCCACAUGCAGCUGCUGGGUGACCUUGGGCUAGUCACACUUCUUUCAAGUCUCUCAGCCCCACUCACCUCACAUAGACUGUUUGUUGUGGGGGAGGAAGGGAAAGGAGAAUGUUAGCCGCUUUGAGACUCCUGAAGGGGAGUGAAAGGCGGGAUAUCAAAUCCAAACUCUUCUUCUUCUUCUCUUCUUCACCUUAGACCUAUCCAGAGAUUUGCAGGGUGGGGGUUGUUCUUGCACAUAUUAAACUGCCCUAGACAGAGUCUGUCCACAUAUCCCCAUAUUUGCUUUCUCAGACUGGCAGUGGUUUUCUAAUGGGAUAUCCAAAACAGUCCUUUUCUAGCACUGUUGCCACCUUCGAUCCUUUUGUAGUCAUCCUUUUUGUGUACACACACAAACAUAAAACUUGCAUGCCUAUUCACAAGAUGGUGCAGCAGCCACCAGCUGCCCAAUCAGAAACUGAGGCCUAGCGCCAUUCAAGAGCACGUACUAAAACUGUAUUUCUGUUUUUGUCAGCAUGGGGCAGAGACAGCUUGUCUGCCUGGCUCGUGCUUUGCUACGAAAGACGAAAGUAUUAAUCUUGGAUGAAGCAACAGCCUCUGUUGACAUGGAAACAGACAAUCAAGUGCAAUCCACAAUCCGGUCAGAAUUCCACAACUGCACAGUACUAACCAUUGCCCACAGGCUGCAUUCCAUACUGGAUUCUGAUAGGUAUGUUGCUGUAAGUGCCAUGUGGUUUUCCCACCCCUCUAAGCAGCUCCUGAAAGUAAAGGGAUAAACUGGUUUCUGCUUGGGCCUGGUGCAAACAAAAUCACCAUCCCGCCUCAGUUUCCGUGGACUGUCUCCUCAUAAAAAAGAACUGCCAUCUACUGCCUAUUGAAUGCUAGGUGGGUAGCACUACUGGAUUCAGUAGAAUUUGCCCAUUGUAAUACACACAAAGCUCAAUGGCAAAGUGUGUUUGGAGCCACAGAUUUGUAGAAUCAAAUUUGUUUGAUGAAAAGGUAAUUGUAUUCAGGAAUUUAGAGGUCAGCAUUUUAUUUUUUUUAAGAAAAUUCUUUGGAAGAUAGGAAGCUACUUUGUAUCAUGUCAGAUUUAUUCAUCUACCUCAAUACGGUUGACUCUGGGUUAUUUCGUCUUUCACAUCACUUGCUAUCUUCUGUUUAAAUAGAAAUUUAACCUUCAAUCUUCAAUAAGCAGAGCUUGUGCUCUUAGACUGAGCUGUUCCUUGUUCCUUGUGGAGGUCAGGAACCUUUUGCCUUCCAGAAGUUGAGACUCCAACUCCUGUCCAGCAACAGCUGGAGAACCGCAGGUUCCCCUCUCCUGCCUUAAAGUAGUCAACCUUCAUCCCAGAAAUCUUUAAUUAACAAAUGAACUGCUUAAUGUAAAAUUUAUUUUGCAAGUUGAUCAGCUCUAACUCUUCCUAGAUUCAAGUUUUCCCCAUUACAUUGUUUUGCUCUUUCAGGGUGCUUGUUCUGAACUCUGGAAGGAUUGCUGAAUUUGAUACUCCAGCCAGGUUGCUACAACAGAAAGGCAUAUUUUAUGAAAUGGUAUCAGAAGCUGGAAUACCACAGGAGGCAGACACCCAAUCUUUAAUAUGAACAGUGCUUAUUAUUUUCCUGAAUUCUUCUACAAGAAUUAUAGCAAUAAUUAUUUCAUUUUAUAGGGAUUUUUUAAAAAGAAAAUUAAAAAUGAACUGUGUUGCCAAUAUUAAAUGUUUUUAAUAC